AUGUUUGGUCGCGACUUCAAACAAUCGAUCAAUGGUGUGUUGCCGCCUUCACUCACCUCGCUCGACCUGUCAAUUAGUAUUCACAUGUAUGAUAUGGAGUUGAAUACGCUGCCGAGCAGCUUAACCGAGAUCUACUUGCCAUCAUUCUUCUCGACACGACUGGACCACACGCCCCUGCAGCGACUUCAUGUCAGAUCAUUCGUUCCUUCCGGGCCCUACCCCAACCUGCGCAAGCUCUGGAUCACAGACUACACUUCGCGAAGUAACUUUAACCCAACGCGCUACCCAUCUUUGACGGGACUGUACAUCAAAACUGGCGAGCAUGUUCAAGAUCUCUCGCCAUUCCCUAUGGUCACAUUGAAGUGCUUUAGGAUGUCGCAACCAUCUGGCCGCUUCGACAUGAUGUCCGUCAUUAACCCGAUCCCCUUUGGUAUCGAGAAGUUGGCGCUGGAUGGCUGUCAAUUCAAAUUAUCGAACGCUAAAUGUCUUCCGAACUCAAUCAGGCGACUCGAGUUGAAGGGUUGUAUGGGCAUGAGACCAGACAGCAUUCCUCAAUCGGUGACAUGGUUGAGUUUGAAUGUGGCCACACAACAUUGGUGGAGCACGGACAAAGGCAUAUUUCUGUCACUGCGACCAUCACUCAAUCACUUGACUGUGAGUGUGGACAAGAUCUUUGCCAAGAAUCGACUAUUCAAACAGCUGCCCACAUCCAUUCGAUCACUGAUCUUGGAGCUCAACAUUGGCCAUGUACUACCACUACUUAGAUUGUCCGAUCGUACAUACUUUCGAUAUCACAGUUCACCAUCAUCAUCAUCCUCAACCGAAAUCAUACCAAUCAAUUCAUUCGGAUUCAUGGAUAUCGAUGCUGUUAAUUUAUGGGUCGAUAAUUGUUUCCCGAUGCGUUAUGGAUGA